CAGGCAAUGCCGGAAGUAAGCGGCGGCGGAGCGGUAAUCGUUGAAUAAAAUCAUGGCAACUGCCAGUAAUGAGGCGCACCAUCCUCUAGAUCCUGGAAUCUCUAAGCUGCAGUUUGCUCCCUUCAGUAGUGCCUUAGAUGCAGGAUUCUGGCAUGAACUAACCCAGAAGAAACUCAAUGAGUACCGAUUGGAUGAGACUCCAAAGGUUAUCAAGGGAUACUACUAUAAUGGUGAUCCUUUGGGUUUGCCAGCUCGCUUGACGUUGGAGUUUAGUGCCUUUGAUAUGAAUGCUUCAAUACCAGCACGUUGCUGUCCUGCUUUUGGAACGUUAUAUAAUACCAACACUUUUGAGACUUUCAAGUCCUGUGAUAAGAAGUCACUUCUGGAAAAAGAAGCAAAUGAGAUAUGGGAAUCAAUAAAAUCUGGGGCUGCUCUUGAAAACCCUAUGCUCUUGAACAGGUUCCUGCUGCUGACGUUCGCAGAUUUAAAAAAAUACCACUUCUAUUACUGGUUUUGCUACCCUGCUCUCUGCUUCCCAGAUGGAAUACAUAUCAUUCAGAAACCAGUGUGUCUGGGUGACAGAUUCCCUUCAAAUCAGAUUCAAGCACUUCAGAAAGCGUAUGAUCAACUUUGCCAGGCAGAAGGGGUUACAGCAUUGCCUUAUUUUUUAAUUAAGUAUCAUGAUAAUUCUGUGGUGAUAUCUCUGCUCAAAAAGUGGGAUGAUUUCUUCCAAAACCAAGGGGAAAAGGUGACAGUUGGAGUUUAUGAUCCAUGUAAUUUAACCCACUAUCCAGGAUGGCCUUUGAGAAAUUUCCUGAUCUUGGCAGCCUACAGAUGGGGCAGCAGUCUCCAGUCAGUUGAAGUGCUCUGCUUCAGAGACAGAACCAUGCAAGGAGUAAGAGACAUAACACACAGCAUUAUAUUUGAAAUAAAGCUUCCACAGAGAGCCCUUGGCCCAGAUUGUCCCAAGGCUGUUGGAUGGGAGAAAAAUCAAAAGGGAGGCAUGGGUCCAAGGAUGGUGAAUCUCAGUGAAUGUAUGGAUCCCAAAAGGUUAGCAGAGUCAUCAGUGGAUCUUAAUUUGAAAUUGAUGUGCUGGCGAUUGGUCCCUACUCUUGAUCUGAAUAAAAUUGUGUCUGCCAAGUGUCUGCUGCUAGGAGCUGGUACUCUGGGUUGUAGCGUUGCGAGGACCUUGAUGGGUUGGGGAGUCAGGAAGAUUACAUUUGUGGAUAACGCAAAGAUCUCCUACUCCAACCCUGUACGACAGCCGCUGUAUGAGUUUGAAGACUGUCUUAGCGGGGGAAAGCCUAAGGCAAUUGCAGCAGCAGAUAGGCUGCAGAAAAUCUUCCCAGGAGUGAAUUCAGAAGGAUAUAACAUGAGCAUCCCUAUGCCAGGCCAUCCAGUGAAUUUUUCUGAAGUAACAAUGGCACAGGCUCGGAAGGAUGUGGCUAAACUUGAACAGCUUAUUGAUGCUCAUGAUGUUGUUUUCCUACUAAUGGACACUAGAGAGAGUCGAUGGCUUCCUGCUGUCAUUGCAGCCAGUAAGAGGAAGUUGGUCAUCAAUGCUGCAUUGGGGUUUGACACAUUUGUUGUUAUGAGACAUGGACUAAAGAAACCAAAACAGCAAGAGUCUAGUGAUUCAUAUUUCAACAGUGCCUCUGGUUCUUCUGAUCUUCUGGGAUCAUCACUUUUUUCAAAUAUCCCUGGCUAUAAACUGGGUUGCUACUUCUGCAAUGAUGUUGUGGCACCAGGGGAUUCCACCAGGGAUCGGACAUUGGACCAGCAGUGUACAGUCAGUCGACCUGGAUUAGCCAUGAUAGCUGGAGCUCUUGCAGUGGAAUUAAUGGUUUCUGUUUUGCAGCAUCCAGAAGGUGGUUAUGCUGUGGCCAGCAGUAGUGAUGAUAGAAUGAAUGAACCACCUACUUCUCUUGGACUUGUCCCACAUCAGAUACGUGGUUUUUUGUCAAGAUUUGAUAAUGUUCUCCCAGUCAGCCUGGCAUUUGAUAAGUGCACAGCCUGUUCACCCAAAGUCCUUGACCAGUAUGAAAGAGAAGGGUUUAAUUUCCUGGCUAAAGUUUUUAAUUCCUCACAUUCCUUCUUAGAAGAUUUGACGGGUCUAACUUUGUUACACCAGGAGACUCAGGCUGCUGAGAUCUGGGACAUGAGUGAUGAUGAAACAGUCUGAAAGCCAGCUGAAUAAGGUGGAAGAUGACCUCCUUUGGACUGCAGUGCUGCCUUUAUCUGUUAUUUGACAAGUUAAUGAUUGCUUACCUAUUUUGACAGUUAGAAAUACAAACAAAUAUAAUGCAUAUUCUGACAUGAAUAUCUUCACCAUAAAAGCAGUCUGCUGUAGGUGUAAUUCUCCACAUUUUCAUUUUUAUUAUGUAAAUAACUAAAGCAAUGUGGUUGUACUUAAAUCUUUCUUUUCUUUUUUUUUUUUUUUAGUUUCUAAAUAUGGCUUACAUAUAAAAUUGCUGCAGCACCUGGGUUGACUGGUGUAAAAGACAAAAAUACCAGACCGGAUGGACUUGGGAUGUCCCCAUCAGGCAGUGUGUAAAUUCCUAAUUUAAGAAGACCCUUCCUACCUCUCCCAUUCCAGUAGCAGGUUUCUUUCGCUUGCAGCUGCCUGGACUUUCUCCACAACGCAAACAAUGUUUAAAAAUACUGUGGCACCACACAGUUGGGAGACAGGAAGGAGCAGAAGAAAAACAGAAGUGCCACAAGAAAAAGCACCCAGAGAAAGCCAGGAGAGACAGCUGCAAGGAGAUUCUCUUCUUUGAGGCUUCAGAAGCAAUGGAUCAAGGAGGCACCGGGUUGGGAGCUUUCCCAUCAGAGGCAGAUUUUACUUUUAUAGUCACCGGCAAGUCUCUCUAGCUUCAUGUUUAAUCUCUGAAGAUACCUAUGCUCACCUUCUGCAAGGGUUGUAUGAAGAGGAAGGGUAAAGAAAUGGGUUCUUGAGUUUCAAAUUUCUGGGGGAGAUGUGAGAGCCGCUAGAAAGGAGACACUUGCAAACAAGCAACAGAAGGUUACUGCUGCGAUAAAGCAGAUACCUGUCUGGGUGACUCUUCUUCCCAGCAUGUUCACUGCGAGGCAGAGAUGGGCUGCUGCUCUGCUGUCCCCGGCUCUGAUACUGAAAGCCAAGAUGAGGCCCUUGACUGCUUGUGUUUCAGAAGCAUCAAGAGGUGAAAUGGAAGCGUCCGCGUAUCGGGAAGAUGCGAUCCGGUUUCUUACUUCACUGGUCCUCGAGACGGAUCUCAAGACAGCGGUGCCCAUGCCGCGCAGCCAAGCGUGCGUGUGCCAGCCCUGGACUUCCUUUUUUAAUUUUGGAGACAUCUGCUACAUUCAGUUUUCGCUGAAGGUUCUUGUCUGAUUCCCCUGAGCUUUCUCAAAAGCAGAAACUGUUCAGGAGUUGCUACUGUGGAGCCACAGUAGGAACAGAAACAGCUGCUUCAGCCCCUCAUGGAAAGGAGUAUGAGAACUGCUCAGAAGGACUUCAUCAGUGAGAAUAUGGCCAGCAGUGUGUUCAGGGGCUAGAGACGGGCUCCUAAAGCUGUUGUUGGUGAAACAAGGCCACAAAAGAAUGGUAUAUUACAGAUUUACAAACACAGAAUCUUUCAGACUGAACUGUAGCAAACCUGGCUCUGUGAAGUAACUUCACCAUGCAUCGUGAUGGUGAGUUCAGUUUAGUUUCCUUCCACCUCCCCCCAACCCUUUGGCUUUCAUGACAUAACUGUGUCUAAUAUGUUUGACUGGACAUAACCACAUUAAGUCUUUAUU